CGCACGGAUCAGGCUUUUAAGACGAGGAGAUACUAAAGGAGAGAGCAGUUUAAGACAAGGAGAUACUGAAGGAUAGAGCAGCAGGAAAGUCAAACAGUCUUAUUCGUUUUACUUUUAACAACUUUUGUGUGAUAACCAUCAGAGCAUGUCGGUGCUGGGCGCGUUGCCGUUCCUGAGGCCACUCCAUAUCCGCUCUCCGGUGUCGCAGGGCCGCCGACACACGCUGCCGGCCAGCGAGUUCCGCUCCCUCAGCCCGGAGGACGCCAUCAGUGUGUUCGAGAUUGAGAGAGAAGCCUUCAUCUCAGUGUCCGGUGAGUGUCCCCUCCACCUGGACGAGGUGCGUCACUUCCUCACCCUGUGUCCUGAGCUGUCUCUUGGCUGGUUCGAGGAGGGCCGUCUAGUGGCUUUCAUCAUCGGCUCACUGUGGGACCAAGAGAAGCUUACCUUGGAUGCCCUCACCCUCCACAAGCCUAACGGGACCACCGUCCACAUCCACGUCCUGGCCGUCCACCGGACCUUCCGCCAGCAGGGCAAAGGCUCCAUCCUGAUGUGGCGCUACCUGCAGUACCUCCGCUGCCUGCCCUACGUCCGCCGCGCCGUGCUCAUGUGCGAAGACUUCCUGGUUCCCUUCUACCGGAAGUCAGGUUUCAAGGCGCGGGGCCCUAGUGAGAUCACGGUGGGGCCUAUGGCCUUCAUCGAGAUGAUGUACCCAGUCAGGGGCCACGCCUUUAUGCGUCGUAACAGCGGUGUUUGAGGACAGAAGGACUAUCUCUUUGGCUAUCAGCGGUGGUGGCAGUGGCGUGACUUCUCCCCUUCUUGGAAACAGAAUUAGGGGGACGUCUAAGCGUCGUCGUCGGACGCGAGCGACGGGCGCAGUGUUUGUGAUCAUCGCCGUGAGUGAGACUCGCUCAGCAGGCGCGUGGUGUGUGUUCUGGCUGCGAGUCUGCAGACAGCCGAGAACAAAGAGCUGCCAUCCAGCUGCCAACAACAGCUGUUUGGAAAACUGGUGGGAAACUACAAAUAUAUUGAUCUGUAGUUUAAUGUGAGUACAAAAAAAUCAUUAGAGCAAAGUCCUGAAAGAAUGUUUCAAAUUUGUUUUUUUUGUAUAAAACUCUUAUUUAUAUUGUGAAUAAUGUAAUAUUGUAUUCAAUAGAAUGCUGCUGCCUUGUUUCUUUCUUUGCCCUCUUUUUUAAUAUGUGUUAUUUAUCCAAUCUAACAUGGUUUCCUGCUCUCUAUGAAGCCAGAAAAAGGAAAUUUUUUUAGUCAAUAAAAGCAGUUAUUAAUGCAUUCUGUCUGUAUAGUUUGCCUUUCACAGCAGCAUUAGAAGAUCUCUGUUCGUGUUACAUUUUGUAUAACUAUGAAGACGGUACGACUUUAAAGUAAUUAUGCCAAAGUAAACAUCUAACCUUCAAGGAAUUCAAAUACAAAGGGAGGGAUAUCAGCAAUCACAUGUCAGAUAAUAAGUCAAUGUUAUGUACUUGAACAUGUUCGUCUGUUGCUUUCUAUUAAGAUCUGAGUAAUCCUGUCUGUCUCCAUCAGUGACUGUUGUGUGUACAUCAUAAAAUCACAAUAAGUAUAUUUAGUAUAUUUCCUAAAUAUAUGUGCAUUCAGAAUGUCUCCUCGAUAGUCUCCUCUCGCCUUCCCCCUUGUAGACAAUCACCACCUCUGCCUCCCAAAGUCUUGAAUCAAGACAAAUAUGUUGUUGAUGUUGUUGUUUUUUUACGUUUUGUUCUUCAAAUAAUAAAAGGAUUUAUUUUAUAACAUGUCUGCUUCGAGGUCUUUUCAUUUUAAUAGUUGAGAAAAAAAAUCUCACCGCAAGGGCCAUUUAGUAGCUGUUCUGGAGCUUUCGAUCACAUCACAUGAUCAUCAGCAGAUGCAGUUUACCCAGUUGUUAUGAAAUUGCAGAUGUUCAAAUUGCCAUUUUGUCUGAGCACUUAAAUUAAAAGCUGCUGUUUAAAAAUGGAAACAGCAGUUGAGAAAACAGUCACACCACAAAGGCCAUUGAGUAGCUGUUCUUGAGCUUUCGAUCAUAUCGCAUGUGUUGAAUAGUUCUGUUACAGGAAUUUGUGCUUAUAGUUAAAUGUUCAACAUUAAUUUAGAUCCACGGAAAUAUAAUUUGCAGUUUUUCUCACUUUGUUAAAAGAGGACCUAUUAUACUUUUGUGCUUUCGCCCUUUCCUUUAGUGUUAUAUAGUUUUUUUGUGCAUG